AUGGAUCCUUCCACGGCUAUCGCAGCCUCUGUCGCCACGGUUCCCCUGCUCAUCAACGGCCGAGACUAUGGCGGCGCGCACUUGUUCGAAAUUGAGAGCCCUGUAACCGGCGAGACUUGCUGGGAAGCAGAAUGUGCUACGUUUGCCGAUGCGACGACGGCUAUUGAGACAGCGAAUGCAGCAUUUCCAGCGUGGGCUCGUACCAUGCUUGCCGUCAAACGUUAUAUCCUGCUUGAGACAGCUAAUGUUCUCGAGAGACGUCGAAGAGAAUUCGCAAACUAUAUGCAUAUUGAGACGGGUGCUGACGUUGAGGCCAUCAAGAGUUUUGUCAUUCCUCUUGCGAGCAGUAUGCUGAGGGAUAUUGCAGGUCGUAUACCUUCAAUCUGUGGGAGUGUGCCGGUGGUUGAAGGAGAAGGUCAGAGUGCAAUUGUCUCCAAGGAGCCCAUGGGUGUCAUAUUAGGGAUGGUGCCCAGUACUGCCCCUUAUAUAUCCGGGAUUCGUGCGGCAGCCUGCGCUCUCGCAGCUGGAAAUACCGCUGUCCUUUUGUCUUCAGCGCAAACUCCGCGAUGUUAUUGGUCCAUUGGCCGAGCCUUUUGGGAAGCAGGCCUUCCGGAUGGAUGCUUGAAUGUCAUAUAUACCUGCCGAGAGGAUAUGCCUCACAUUAUGAAUGCCAUGAUUGGGCAUCCGGCGAUACGGAAGGUCAAUUCCACGGGGAGUUUAUAUGUGGGGAAACAGAUUGCUGCUAUUUGUGGCAGGUACAUCAAGCCAUCGUUGAUCGACACUAUGGGGCAGGAUUAUGCCAUUGUUUGUGCGGAUGCUGAUGUCCCGGUUGCUGUGGAGGGCGUGCUGGCUGGUGUUAUGUUGAACUCCUAUCGAAUCUACAUGUCAACUGGUCGUAUCCUUGUUGAUGCCUCUAUUGCUGAAGAAUUCAUGGAUGCCCUGAAAUAUGCUCUGAGCAUGACGGAUGCUCAAGUGCUUCCGCCCAUAUUCGUCAAAGCAUUUAUAAGGGCUCACGUGGAGAGCCUGAUUACGAACUCUGUGGAAUGUGGAGCCGAGUUACUCCAUGGAAAGCUUGAGACCGAGCCAAGUUGCGACGGUGUUCUGAGUAUUGGCCCGUUCGUGCUCGCUAAUGUUAACCCAAACAUGAGAGUGUGGCUCGAGGGGGAAUAUACUACAUUGACGGCUUGCAUGCUUGUCAGGAGCGACGAUGAAGCUGUCAGAAUUGCCAAUAGUGUUGGAUACGGUAGCUCUGCUUCCGUAUUCACGAAAGACCUUCGUAAAGGUCUUGCAAUAGCUAAGCAGCUGGAGUUUGGCGCUGUGCAUAUAAACGGUAUGAAUAUGCAUGAUGAACCGGUCCUUCCACAUGGUGGGACCAAGGACUCCGGUUGGGGGCGGUUCAAUGCAGAGGAGGGAUUGAAUGAGUACCUUGUGACUAAGUCUGUGACUUGGAAGGAUUGA